AUGCCAGAGACCCUUGUGACGUAUAGCCUUCAGAAAGAAGCUGCACCGAAACAUAACAACACUUGUGAAGUGUGGAGACUUGAUCCGAAGAGGUUCUCUAGCUGGACACGUUUGGUUCGAGUACGCGCAAGAAAAAGCCCGUUGAUCAAGCUUAACCCAUGCAUAGACGAAGACGGCGUCAUCCGGUAUGACAGGCGUUUGAAGUUCGCAGAGUUCCAUCCCUACGACACCAGAUGUCCAAUCAUUCUGCCUCGCGGACACUGGGUGACAAAACUGAUUGUGAAGGAUUACCAUGAGAUAGCAAAUCAUGCCGCUAGAGUAAACUUCAUUCUUUGCCAGUUGAGUGAGAGAUUUUGGAUCGUCGCCGCACGAGAGGAGUUCCGUGAGUGGGACCAUGAAUGUAAUGAAUGCAAGAAAAGAAGGAACAAACCAGCUUUUCAGAUUAUGGCGCCACUCCCGAAGACAAGGCUACGUUUUACUUUCCGGCCCUUCGGCCAAACAGCUGUGGAUUUUGCAGGUCCUCUGUAUACCGUUCAAGGACGCAGAAAACCUCGACAGAAAAGGUGGCUGUGCCUGUUUACUUGCUUGGAAACACGAGCAGUGCAUUUAGAGAUGGCAGGCCGGGGGACUAGAAGCUCGGAUCCACGAGACAGUAUUCCAUUGACCCCUAACCAUUUCUUGCAUGGCCAAAUGGGAGGACAGUUCGCGCCUGAGUCUGUUGAAAUCGCUACUUUUCAUCGGCGUCAACGAUGGCGAAAGGUUCAGGACAUUAUUUCACAAGUGUGGAGAAGAUGGCUAAAAGAAUGUGUUCUUGCCCUUAACAGCCGACCAAAGUGGACAUCAGAAAACCGAGAUCUAAAAGUUGAUGAUGUAGUUCUCGUGAUUCAGCCCGAUUCUCCAAGAGGACGUUGGCCAUUAGGGCGAGUUAUUGAAGUGUAUCCUGGACGAGACGGUCACACCCGUGUAGCUAAAGUUGUAUGUGGCGUCAAGACUGUCGUGAGACCAAUUACGAAACUGAUUCCGUUUGGAAUUAAUUGA